AUGAAGACCAUUGCCAUUCUCGCGCUUGCCUCGACGGCUGCCGCCUUUGCCGCGGGGGAUACCGCUGCCUCGAUCCAAGCCGACGCAAAUCUCAACCGCAAGUGCCACACAACCAACGACGGGUACAUCCCGACGUUGAAAGCUGGAACGUACACGGCCAGCAAAUUCCACAGUUGUUUCCGCACGUCGAGCAAUCUUCGAGUACAAGCGAUUUCGACCACCGUCCAAGGCAAGAUUAUCUACGCGUACAAACUGACCAGCGGUGCGUCCAAGCCCAGGUCGUUGUACUACCAAAGUCUGCUCCACGCCCUGGAAUGGAUCGCGGGGUCGUUCAACUUGUUUGCGUUGUCUUCGAUUCUGGACGACAUUGCCAACAAGAAAUACACGGCGGCGGACAAGUUCAACUUGUACUUUGUGCCGAUCGCCAACAUCGACGGGCAAGCGGUUGCAGCGCAAGAAUGA